AAAAGAGUUAAUGGGCAGAGGGCAUUGCUAAAGUCAGUGACUAUUUGCAAACCUCCUAGGUAUAUUCGCCAAAGACACAUUAUCAGAUUAAAGCAACUGCAAACAAACCAGGCUGAAACCUUUCUUUGUCCAAGCCCAACCUCUUCUUCCUGUGAUGUCAUACUACAAAUCCAGCAAGCCUUUCUGAGAAACCCAUCUCACUAUACAGCUAGCUACGGAGGAAAAAAGCCUUGAUUCAGCAAGAGCUAACAUGCUUAGGAAUUUAUUUCUGAACCUUUAAGACUCCUACUUACCACCUUCUGGGAUCCACCACAAGAAUACCAAAAAGGAAAGCUGCAUUUAAAAGAGGACCAAGUGGAAACUUCAGCAACAAAUUUCAUGUUUCUUUUGGAGAUUCUGGAGAAUAAGGAGCUAUUUUACAAAAGCACGCAAAGAGCCAAAGAAUCUGCAAUUACAUUGGAAGUUAUAGUUUUCACAAUCUGAGAAUACCAAAGGAGACUGCAGCUGACCAAAGGACUUCAACACAGUAAACUGGCUGUCUUUAUAAUGGUAAGCAAUAACAGCUCCCACUGCUUUGAUGACUCCUUUAAGUACACUUUGUAUGGGUGCACAUUUAGCAUGGUGUUUGUGCUUGGAUUAAUAUCCAACUGUGUUGCUAUAUAUAUUUUCACAUGUACCCUCAAAGUGAGAAACGAAACUACAACGUACAUGAUUAAUUUGGCAAUGUCAGACUUGCUUUUCGUUUUUACUUUGCCCUUCAGGAUUUUUUACUUUGCAACACGACACUGGCCAUUUGGAGAUGAACUUUGUAAAAUUUCAGUAAUGCUGUUUUAUACUAACAUGUAUGGAAGCAUUCUGUUCUUAACCUGUAUUAGUGUGGACAGAUUUCUGGCAAUCGUCUACCCAUUUAAGUCAAAGACUCUAAGAACCAAACGCAAUGCAAAAAUUGUUUGCAUUGCAGUGUGGUUUACUGUGGUCGGAGGAAGUGCACCAGCAGUUUUUUUCCAAUCUACCCACCCUCAGGAUGCUAACAAAACCUUAAAUACCUGCUUUGAAAAUUUCCCUGAACACACUUGGAAAACUUAUCUCUCACGGAUUGUAAUUUUCAUAGAAAUAGUGGGAUUUUUUAUUCCUUUAAUUUUAAACGUAACUUGUUCUACUAUGGUGCUAAGAACUUUAAGUAAGCCUGUUACAUUGAGUAGAAGCAAAAUAAACAAAACUAAAAUUUUAAGAAUGAUUUUUGUACAUUUGGUCAUAUUCUGUUUCUGUUUCGUGCCUUACAAUAUCAACCUUAUUUUAUAUUCUCUUAUGAGAACACAGACAUUUGUUAACUGCUCAGCGGCCAAAGCAGUACGGACCAUGUAUCCAAUCACUCUCUGCAUCGCUGUUUUAAACUGUUGCUUUGACCCAAUAGUUUACUAUUUCACCUCUGAAACGAUUCAGAAUUCAAUAAAAAUGAAAAACUGGUCUACUAGGAGAAGUGACUCCAGAUUUUCUGAAGUUCAAGGCACAGAGAGCUUUAUUCAACACAGCUUACAGACCUUAAAAAAUAAGAUAUUUGACAACGAAUCUACAAUAUAAGCUGACUAAACAAAACCAUUGGGACAGAACCUCCAAGUUCCUUCAACUGUGAAAUUGUUUUUUCUUGGACAACUAUUUCUACACCUUUGAAAGAAAAUAAACAAGUGGACAUUUUAAAAUUUUAGUGUAAAAAAAUUGUAUUCAAUGUAUUAAGCAUUAAAAUGUAUUCUAUUCUUGUAUGCAUUUCGUCCUAUUUUUACGAGCCAUUUUGAUUUGUACCUUUCUCUUAUUAAAAACCCUUUAAAAAGUUGUUCAAAUCUAAAAAUGACUAUGAUUUAAAUCAUGUGGUGACCAUCUGGACUGUCUGAAUUUUUCAAUAAUUUUAUACUAAAUGAUUUACAAAUAUUAAAAGUUUCCUUUAAAUAUUUAAUAUUUUGACUCAACAUCUGAUAUAUUUCAAUUUGAAUGGAAAUUACUAACCAUCUCAUUAAACUAUAAUAACAAGUGAGAAAGAA